AUGGACCAGCAGAAGAAGCCUGAGGCGCUGGCGACUGGCGCUCAAACCGAAAAUUCAUCAGAGCCAGAAAAGGGCCUGAAGAAGCAAGAUUACCUCACUCAGACAGACGAACAGUACGAUGUUACGUUCAAAACCUGGAUCGUAGUCUGCAUUCUGUCCUUGUCCUAUGGUAUCUCAUUCUGGAUCAUACCGGCUCUUAGUGCAUGCCAGACACAAGUUGCGACCCGGCUCGGCAACGUCACUGACCAGGCUUUCUUUCUCCCUAUAUACACAUUAACCAUAACUAUUGCGUUCAUGGUCUGCGGCGCCAAUAGUGAUCUCUUCGGCAGACGGUGGUUCAUCGUCGGCGGCAAUGUUCUGCUCUUCAUCGGUUUCCUGAUUGGCGGCAGCGCAAAAAACACCACGCAGAUGAUCGCCGCGAUGGCAAUCAUUGGGUUUGGCGCCGGAAACGCGCAGCUUGCAGCCUUUGCUGUUCCUGAACUGCUACCCAACAAAUGGAGACACAUCGCCGUCGUCAUUGCAGACAUUGGAGUUAUCUUUUCUGCCGUUGUCGGACCUAUCGCUGGAAGAUCAGCUAUCGAGCUGUCUCUGGAAGGAUGGCGAUGGCUAUUCUAUGAACCGACGAUCUGUGUUUUCUUCUCUUUCAUCGGGCUCUACCUGUACUACUUUCCACCCGCGCACCCGCGAGGUCUGCCGUUCAAGCAGGCUCUACGAGAGCUUGACUAUGGCGGUGCUCUCCUAUUCACCGUUUCAACCGUCCUGAUUCUCACAGGGAUCAUCUACACCACAAGCCUGCCCUCUAAUGACCCCCGUGUUCUGGGCACAUUGAUAUCUGGCUUCCUGCUGCUCGUCAUAUUUGCCUUGUAUGAGACAUUCAUGCCACUCAAGCAACCCUUGACGCCUCAGCAUGUCUUCACCGCGGGUGGUGGUCGCGAGCUCACAGCUCCCUUUGUCGCAGGGUUCGUAGUCACCAUGUUUUACUACGCCAUCAACAUCAUCUACCCAACCAUGAUUUCAGUAUUCUUCACAAACGCGACUACUGACUACAAAUACGCGAUGGUGUUGACUCUGCCGCAGAAUCUGGGUUUGUUGACCGGAGCCGUCGCACUAAUGGCCUUUGGCAACAAGAUAGGCCAUUUUAGGUGGACUCUGACGGCUUCUGUCUCCAUAAUGGUCAUUUUCGGAGCUCUUUUAGCUUUGGGUACUCCAGACAGGCUAGGAAUGAUGGUUGCAUUCGUGUUUCUUGCUGAGGUUGGCUUCGGUUGGGCACAGUACUUGUCAAUCACGUUCAUCCAGUUCGGGACUUCCCAGGAGGAGCUUGGAAUAUCAGGUGGCCUUGCCGGAGUGGCUAGGUUUGCUGGCGGUGCAGUCGCUAUCUCGGUUUAUACCACCAUCCUCACGAAUGUACAGACCAAGGAGGCUGCGAGACUAAUUCCUGCCGCCGCCACUACAGCCGGGCUCCCGGAAUCUUCUGUAUCAGACCUCAUAACCGCUCUUUCCCUUGGUGCUGCGGCUCUUGCAGAGGUACCAGGCAUUACGGACGACAUCAUCGCGGCUGCUAGCUCCGCUCUCCAGCAGAGCUACGUCAUUGGUCUAAGGACUACUGCUCUUUCUUCAUUAUCUUUUGGUAUCAUUGGCAUAAUUGCCUGCGCGUGUUGCAAUGAGAUCAGCAAGAAAAUGAACAACAAGAUCGAAAUCUUCCUAGAGAAUGAUGUAAACGCUGAAAGGAAUGUUCACCAUUAA